AUGUCGAAAUCGAAUGCGUCCCCGAUCAAGGGGAGCACCGCUUCCUCAAGCGGAGGACCGAACGUCCAGAAUGUUCAGACCGUGGCGUCCGUGUCCAACGCCGCCUUCACUAAGCUCGCCGAGCGCGGCAUGGCGGGCGGUUCCAACGCCGGCUCCCGUCCCGGCACUCCGGCGUCUCCGAGACCUCAUUCGCCGACCAAGGCGUUGAUCGGCGGCAAGACACCUGUCGUUACCCUCGGUGUGUGCGCCAUGGACGUCAAGGCCCGAAGCAAAGCUAUGCGAGAGAUCCUCACCCGCCUGGUCGAGAUUGAGAGGGGUGGAGUCGAUGUUCAGAUCUUCGGAGACGUGGUCAUCCUCGAGGAAGAUAUCAACCACUGGCCCCAGGUCGACGUCCUCAUCUCGUUCUUCAGUACGGAUUUCCCGCUCCCCAAGGCGCUCGCCUACACUCAGAUCCCCAACCGACUCCCGCCCAUCUCCAUCAACUCGCUCGCCAUGCAGAGCCUUCUCUGGGACCGUCGACUGGUUCUGGCGAUCCUCGACCACAUUGGCGUUCCGACGCCCAAGCGAGCCGAGGUGAACCGUGACGGAGGGCCCCGCGUCCCCCGAUCCCUGCGUCUGCGCGUGAGGAAGGAGUUGGGUCUUGUGCUCCCCGGUCACCAGGCGAAGGACGAGGACAGCUGGGACCCGGUCGUCGUGCCGGAUCGCUGGAAGAACAAGGCGCACAAGGAGGUGCCCCGCUCGCGUGACGUGAUACUUCGGGCAGACGGUGACGCCAUCAUCAUUGGCGACAAGGUCGUUGAGAAGCCGUUUGUGGAGAAGCCCGUCAACGGCGAGGACCACAACGUUUACAUCUACUACAAGGGCGGUGGUGGUCGCAGGCUGUUCCGCAAGGUCGGCAACAAGAGUUCAGAGUAUGACCCGUCGCUGUAUCACCCGCGCACUGUCGGCUCAUUCAUUUAUGAGGAGUUCAUCAAUGUUGACAAUGCUGAGGACGUCAAGGUUUACACGAUCGGCCCCGAGUUCUCGCAUGCCGAGACCCGCAAGUCGCCCGUUGUCGACGGUCUCGUCCAGCGCAAUGCGGACGGCAAGGAGACGCGAUUUAUUACGAAGCUGUCCCCGCAAGAAGAAGCGUACGCUAAGGACGUCGUGGAAGCGUUUGGACAGCGCGUGUGUGGCUUCGACCUUCUGCGUGACCACGGCCGUAGUAUGGUGAUCGACGUCAAUGGCUGGUCCUUUGUCAAGGGUAACCAGUCCUACUACGACAAGGCUGCCGAGAUUCUCUCGGCCGUGUGCGACAUUGCCCGCGAGCGCAAGGUUGAACAGACGCAGAAGUCCGCCCUCAUGCCGCCGCCCGAUGCGCAGCAGUCGUCGACCAGCACACUCCGUGCCACCGUCACCGUUCUCCGCCACGCGGACCGCACGCCGAAGAUGAAGCUGAAGCCUUGGGCCAGGCCGUUCCUGUCGCUGCUCCGUGGAUACCGCGAGGAGAUCAUUCUCCGCGACCCCCGUCAGCUCAACUACAUUCUGCUUGCUGCGGACGAGGCGAAGAAAAUCGAGGGCGUCACUCCCGAGAUUGUCGCCAAGCUUGAUCAGCUCAAGGAGGUGCUCACAAAGAAGAUGUCGCUGCCAGGCACCAAGGCGCAGCUGAAGCCGAGCUUCGUCAAGAAGAACGGUGACAAGGACAAGGAUAAGAAAGAGAAGAAGAAGGACAAGAAGAAGGAGGAGGUUGGCUCUGGCGACGAGGACGACGAGGCCAGCCGCCAGCGCGUAGACGACUGGCUCAAGCGUGGCAGCGUCGGCAAUGUGCCCGCAGGAGAGAAGGCGAACACGUCCAACGACUCGACCGUCCCGCAGACGCCCGACAUGCGCGCAGUCAUCACAGGCGAGGCCGAGUCGUACGGCAUCCCCGAGGGCCUCGAGAAGAUGCAGCUCGUCGUCAAGUGGGGCGGUGAGAGCACGCACGCUGCGCGCUACCAGGCCCGCGACCUCGGUGACGCCUUCAAGAAGGACAUUCUCAUCAUGAACAAGGAUGUUCUGUCGAACGUCAAGAUCUACACGUCUUCUGAGCGUCGUGUCAUCAACACUGCGCACUUCUUCGCGCACUCGCUCCUGGGUGCCGGCGACCAGCAGCCGGCCACGACAACGCCGACCACGAACCGCUCGUCUGGCACACCCGCCGAGCCGUCUGGACCAGUGAUUUCGCACCUGAUCCAGCGCCGCGACCUGCUUGAUGACAACAAUGCGGGCAAGGAGAAGAUCGGCGAGGCGAAGAAGAAGCUUAAGAUGCUUCUUCGCUCUGGCGAGACGGAAAAGCGGUCUGACCUGCAGUGGUCACUGAAGGAGGAGCCUGUCGAGGUUGUGCGGGAGGUGAUCGCGCAGCUGACUGAGCUGCGUGCGAUCAUGCGUGCGAAUUACGAGAACGGCAACGUCGAGCGUAUCCCGAAGCAGCGGUGGUGCAGCGGUGACUCGCCGUGGCUGUUCCGCGAGCGCUGGGAGAAGAUCUUCGAGGACUGGGUUGGCGUCAAGCAGGAGAAGUUUGACCCGUCGCGUGUCUCCGAGCUCUACGACAGCAUCAAGUACGACUCGCUGCACAACCGCAACUUCCUCUUCGCCGUGUUCGACCCCGAGGGCAAGGGCCUCAGCUCUCGCACCGGCGCUGAGCACCAGGACCGCCGUCUGCACGAGCUGUACGCCCGCGCCAAGGCGCUCUUCGAUCUCGUCGCGCCGCAGGAGUACGGCUUUGACGCCGAGGCCAAGGAGGAGAUUGGUAUCUUGACGUCGCUUCCUCUCCUGCGCAAGGUGUGGGGUGACCUCGAGGAGGCGAAGAACACUGGCAAGUCGUCGGCCAAGGAGUCGCACAUCACGACGUUCGUGCACCUUCUCCUGGCCUCGGGUCUGCCGUUUGCGACAAACGUGCGCAUCCCCGAGCUCGACUACUGCUCGCACAUCACGAUCGAGCUGUGGGAGAAGUCGUCCCAGCGCGACGGCAAGACGCACAAGGACUUCUCGAUCCGUCUGUCCAUCUCGGAGGGCGCGCAUUCCCCGGCCGUGCUCGACAGCAACGUCGAUGCACGCCACAGCCUGACUGUGCAGCCGCGCCGCAAGCUCACGUCCCACGUCGACUGGGCGCUCGCCGAGAAGUGCCUUGUGAAGCACUUUGGCAAGGGCCUCACGUUCUCGACGACGCCGCUCGAGGGCGACCAGGUCUACCUCAAGAAGGCGGUGCAUGAUGAGGCUGUUCUGCCGCUCUCGCUCUCGCGCGGCGGCGAGGACACGCCCCGCGGCGUCAUGAGCUCGGCGAGCAGCCACCGCAGUGCCGCCAGCGAUGCUGGGUGGUAA